CCGCAAAAAUACAUCUAUAGUGUAUUAAUUCUCAUAAAAAAAGUCUUAGCUUUUCUAAGGAGCACUUGAAGGCACCAUGUGUGCGUCGGCGUUUCCAUGGUUGCGUUGCUGCGGAGUGCUGACAGGAAAACAGUUGCAGUGUUUAUAAUUGCCAUCCUGUUGCAAACUUCUCCAAUUGAAUGUUGGAUGGAUAAGGGACUGAAACAUGAAAAGAUGUCUCAAAUGUUGAAGACGGAGCAAGAGAAGCAUCCUUCUCCAAGACCAGCAGUUCUGGCCGACCAGAGGGACUCUGUGGAGUCCGACACAGAGAGCUUGGCUCACGAGAGAACUUACCAGCAGCAGCUACAAAUGCGUAAUGACCAAAUCAAAUACACACUGCCUGAAAAGAAGAAUGCUGAAGGCCUACAGCAGGGAGAUGAAGAUGCGUGCAAUGAUGAUGAAACUGAGGAUCAUCAGGUUUAUGAUAGCCUUGAUACAGCAGCACACCCCCAUGACAAACAUACCCCCACCCUGUUACAGACUGAAUAUUUAGACACACACAUGGAUGAAAGAGAGGGAACAAGCCAGCUGCUAACUGACGAUGCCUAUAAUGACCUACGCUAUGACCCCAACUGGAGGACCAACCUGAGGGGAGCUGGCCACUUCAACGAGAGUCCACACAUUUCUGUUGAGGAAUAUUACCAGGUCCCUAAAGAGAAACCUGGUCAGUCACGUGGUGACAGCCAAGGACCCGUAGUAAAAGGAGGAUACAGAUACAUCAUCGACACAAGUCCAGCUCUUCUGGUUACUCCUGAUAUGGCUGGCAAUGAGCCUGACCAGCCGUACCGCCUCCACCCAGAUGAUGUUCAGACUAGCACGGUGACAUCACCCCACUGUUACAACCAUACGUUACAACUUCAAUCACCAGAGGCUGACCAUUCAAAGCCAUCCUGCAGUAUCACUAAAAAUGAAAGUGACGAAAGUUUGCUGAAAGGAUUCAGAGCGAAGUAUUUGAAUAGCUGUGACAAUGCUGGGGAAAAUGCAAGCAGGUCUCCUGAGCUGACCAAGGAUAUUCAUGCUAUGUACAGCCUGCAAGAACUGAGGCAUACACAAGGGGGACCCACUCAAAUACAGCAAAUGAGCACAUUUCCCAAGGUUUUAUUCAACAAAAAGCUAGAAAGACUGCCAGAGGACAUAGUGGAACGCAACAAAACAACCUUGGGACGCAACACGUCCACAUAUGGCUCCUAUGCGAGUGUGCAUGUACGUAAGCAGGAUAUGCCUCAUAACGUCAAUAAGGUCACCCAGAUCAGCGAAAGGAAGAAAGCCCAGCGAAAAGAAUACCCCAAACACCUUCAACCGCAGCAGCAGCCCUCUGCCCCGGGGGUCAAAGCUGACUGGGGAGACUGUCUGAGCUCCCCAUUGGCAGGACCGGCCGCCAUAACUCAGCCAAACCCCCAGAAGACAACUCCAUCGCAGCCUUUGCUCCCCACCAUCCACCUCAACAUCAACCUCAACACUUCUUCCCAUCUCCUUCCGUUAAUCCAGCAGAGAGGCCAGAAUGACAUCAAUUUAGCGUCUCUUCAUGGUUGUUCACAUUGGAGCCUUGCAUCUGAAAAUGAACUUGCCUUGUCCCCUGGAUGUCAACAAAUACAUCCAAGAAUGCAAAUACAUCCUCCCAAGACAUCAUCCAAGACAUCCUCCCAGAUGAGGAGAGGGGUAAACGCACAUCUGCACCACCGAGACCUGGAGAGUUGCUCCGAAGAACGACAAAGGACAGCUGCAUUAAAGUGGCCAUUAACCUGUGAAGGGGAGGACCAGCAGCAAGCUCCACAAAACCUCCUCAGGACACCCACCACCUCUUUGUCACUGGGCUCUGGCUCCUACCCACUUCUGUCGGCUAUAGGAAAGUCAAUGACAGGAAAAGAGCCUGAGCUGAGCCCUGAUGGGAACACAGACAAUCCCGUCCAUCGAAGCAGCUCUAACGGCUACCUGGUUCAGAUGGAGAAACAGAAGCAGCGAAGGGUGAGAGUCACUUACAAGGCAUACAGUCUUAAAGACUACAAGCAGCUGAAGUCAGAUAUAAAUCUGCGUGGCCUGGGUCCUGACUACACAGCCAUGGAAGAGACAGCUGAGAAACUGAAACGACAGAAGCUGUAUUCAAAUGUGAUCCGUGAGCAGAACAAAAAGAUAAGUAGGAUUCCCUUUCUACUGGCCAAGGACCCGGAAGGCAAUGACAAGAAAGUUCCCAGGAUGAAGGCCUUGGAAUAUGCCAAGACCAUAGCCAAACCCCCUGUACAGUCUCAACCAAAACAGAGACAGAAACACCGGUCCGAAGGCUUCACUGAGCACGCUUCUUACUUGGACGUCUCCCAGCUGGCCACACUGGAAGUCCUUAGAAAACGGCAUGAAGAAGAAAAGCAGGCUGUGGCACUCUUCAGAAAAGUACCUGCUGUCUGAGGCAAACUGCACUUCCCGUAAACAGUCCAUGGAUCCCAUGCUCUCAUAGAUAUUCUAAGAUGUAGGACACAACAUGCUGCCUCAUUCAAUUAGUUCGGCCUAGUAUCACGCCAACAUAAUAAAUACAAAAGUUAGGUAAUAAAGAAGAUCUCUGAGAAGACUGGCAGCCUUAGACAGCAUCCGUGUUUUACUUUUAACAUUGUGUGUCACCAGAAAAGAUUUGACAAGGAAUUCAUUAGAUUACUAAUUUCUAGUGUUUGUUUCAACCAUAGAUGCCAGAGAAUAGGUUUACAACGGUCAUUUAGAAGCUUGGAUUUAUUUACUGGAGCCACCAAGACAGAUUAUAGGAAUUAACUACUGAGAUCCUAACAUCUUCAGGUGUACUUUAAAAAAGAAAAAAGCAGUUUUGUAUGGACUCACACUAAGAUUUUUUGGAACUGGUGUCUAUUGCCACUUAAAGGAAAUGCAGUUUAAAACAUUUCUGCGUUGGCUUCACCACUCAGCUGUAGCUACGGGUUCCUGCGUCUGAAUUAGGCUACAUUCACACCAAAUCAGGUGUUGCAGCAAAAAUGCCACUCCUUCCAUUUAUUUGAAUGUGUGGAGUGUGUUUGGGAUUAAAAAAACAAUAGCUCUGUGGCAAAAAAUGUAAACGGAAUCCUUUUUUGAAAAAAUGCAAGCCUACAUCACGCUCAGAUAGCCAAUCACAUUGGCGGUGAUCAAUGGGCCAAUAAAAUGAGUGUCACUAAAUUGACUCUGAGCUAAGCACCUGAUUUGGUGUGAAUGCAACCUUCUUGGCAGUGUUGCAAUGUGUGCAUCAUUACUUGUCUGCAGCGUAGUGUAGUUGAAGUUUGAAUAAACCUGCAUUAUUGUUACCACGCUGGUAGUAGCAGCGUGGUAACAAUAAUGCUACUGUCAUGUGUUGUCAGUGUUGUGCUUUGACUCUUUGACUAAUCAAGUUUAAUGACAUUCUCUCCCUAAGUGUUCACCAGUCUUUGUGAGAACUAUUGCACUUGAAAUGGAUAGACUAUGUUGCAAAAUAUAAUAUUUUAAUAGUAUCUUGAUGUUAUCUUCUCUAUGCGCAAACAAUACUGCUAUUAAAAACAUGUCAAAGCAACUCUGCGUACCUGAGGUAGGCUGAACAGGACCUUACUAGAUAUUUGAGAAUGAUUAGAGAAGGAAUUAGGUGGAUAAAGAUGCCCCCCCACACUUGGGAUGAAUUCUGUUGUUAUGCCUCGUCUAUUACAUCCAACUUGUUAGUCAUGAAUUCUUCUCCAGUGUGUUAAGAUGAAUGAUGAAGCAGGUGUUGCUCUGAAUCCGUCCUUCCUGUUGCUGUAAUAUAUAUUUACACACACAGGAUCAUCCUAUCACCUACCACAAGCAGUAAAGAUUACAUUAGAUUUGUAUUCUAUGCAUUAUAUUGAUUUUCGUAGUUGCACUUAUUAUCAGACAUAACUGUAUAUCUCAAUAUUUAACAGCAUCUCUCUGAAGACCUACUGGCCUCAAUGCAAUGAUGUGGUUGUUGUAUGUCACUGACUGCACUGAUUCAGUCCACCUCCAACUAUUCCACAGCACUGGUUAAUGUCCACACUCAAUUUUCAUUUUUCCCCAUAUUGUUGGUUUAGCCACCUUAUCACUUUGUCUCCUCUCACCCCAUUACACACUGUUUAACUUAGAAUAUUCCACACGCCCUUUGUUGUGGGUCACAACCCCCCCUUCACGGAAGAGAAAACCUGCUCAAAUGAAGAUGACACUUUGAAGCUCCCCUGAUUUGCUCGCAGUCCUGCGUUUAUAGCCUUAUUGUAAGUAGUAACUCCUCCCCAACACAAAGCACUCUCAAGCAGCUCAUUUUACUAAUUGAACCCUCAGAUCAUUAUCAAAGCACUAUUUACCUCUGUGCAAUAUUUUAAUGAGAUUAUAGUCUCUAUUUAACCCAUCAUGGACUCUUUGAAGCCCUGUGUUUUUAGUGUUAAGUCCUCAGAUGGGCGGUUGGAAACAAAUGACCGAGCCCUUUUUAAUUUAAUGAGAAACGCCGCCUAUCCAGACUGAGUCUCUUUGCUUCUUUUUUAGGUCCCACCUACUCAUUUUUUGCCAUUGAAAUCCAGUUAAUUGACAGAGUCUCUCCCCGCUAUACAUGAAGGGGGCCAAAUUAGCAUCCCUUUCUGCCCAUUGGGAAGCUGAGGCAGACAUGGAGGCUUUGAUGUGAGAAGCACGCUUUCAGUAGGCGGCAGGCUUCCUGAAAAUGAGCUGAUGGCCCUGCUAUUAGGUCCAAAUGCAGAUGCUUCCAUGUGUUGCAAACGGUUAAUCUUUUAAUUGAUCACCUUCUGCAUGGCCUGUUCUCCACCUAGUUUUUUCCCCCACUGCCUGUUAAUCACAAUCACAUUUUGAAGAUGACAUGAAUUGCAUUUUAAAAAGGCAGGAAAGGAUGGCAACUCCAGCAUGUUACCAUGUUCCUCUCAUGCGUUCCAAGAGAGGAACGCAUGCUAUUGUCAAAUGCCCAGUCAGAGAUGCAGUUUAUGGUAAAAGAAAAUAAAACAUGUGAUCGGGACUGUUCUAACAUUACUUCGUUUUUACUUGGAUGCAGAGUUGUCAAAUAGAACCGAUCUCCGUCCACAUGGGAGUUUCAGCAUCAUUCUCGAGUUGAU